AGAACGUCGUACAGCCGACAUAUUUUGUUUGUGUAAGGUGUAAUUUUUGCUUGAAAUAUAAAAAGAAAAUUCUUCUAAUAUUUCUGAAUUUCGUGGCAGUGACGUUUGAUAGAAUGGAUUCGACCGAUGAUACAAUGGAUUCGUGCACAGAUACGAAAAAACGUCGAAUGGAAGAGUCAACACCAAGUAAAAAGGAUGCAACGACAAAUCAAAUUUCGUUUGAUACAUUGAAUUCUACACAGUUGACAAAAAUUUUCUCCAUGGUCGAAUUGAAAGAAUUGGCCGCAUUGGGAUCCACAUGCAAAAAAUUCAAUCGAAUUGCGCGCAAAGUGUUCGCUGCAAAACAUCAGUCACAACUGAUCGAAAUAUAUGGAAAUGGGCCACUGGUCAAAGUCGCUACAAUAUUGCGUUGUUUUCAAAACCAAUUCACACGGCUCGCCAUUUUCUAUGCCAACAAACCAAAAGUCAAUGUGAAAAUCGACGUAUUGAUCAACAAAUAUUGCCGUCAAAUGUUGAACGAACUCCAGUUAUCUGAUGUAGGAUUGUAUUCAUCGGCCCGUUCGUUUAUUUUUCCAUUUCGGAAUGUGAUGCAAUUGAUCAUUCGAUCUGGUUUACUAAGCGGAAAAUUGGAUGACAUUGCAACAUCGUUUCCAAAUGUCAUGAGCAUCGUUUUACACGCUGGUGUUCAGCCUGGUGGUGAAAAAGAUAACACAGCCAUUCCUACGUUGCAACACUUGAGCAUCAGUUUCGAUCCAAACGUUGAAUUGGAUGCGUUUAAAACAACGUUGAUGACAUCAAAUCCACAAUUGACCAGCUUAAUCAUUGAUUACAGUGAUGAUGCCCCGAUUGGACAUUUAUUAUUGAUUCGCGAUUCACUGCCAAAUCUCCAACGACUUACGCUUCGUGUAAAGACGGUGUUUGUGGACAAGGAACCUUUCAAACCGUUGUUGUUCAAAAAUCUUCGUUUUUUGACCAUUUCCUACACCGUUUCAAAUGUUUUACGAAACUUUGUCAUCACAUCUACAUUUCCGUUUGAACUGCUCGACCUGUCAAUUGAAGGAGGAAUCAUCGAUGGUCAUUGUGUUGAGUUUUUGAAACGACACCAAGCAAAACAUCUCCAGUUGACGCUGUCGAAAGUGAACAAUCAACAAAUCGAAAAACUCAUUCCCGUCCUGUCGUCAGUUUCACAUGUGAAUUUUGUCAUCCACAAGGAAUUCAGCGUGACUCGGAGCGGUUUGAUGCACUUUGUGUCGCAGUGUAAAAAUCUUGAAUACGUUCGUAUUCAACAGCCAAAUAUGCUUUCAUUACCGCCAAUUGUGAUCACUUGCAUUGGCAUCAACGAGAGCCUUUGGAACAAGGAUUAAUUUGACAAAAAUUUACAUUUUUGCUUAAGUAAAAUGAGACCGUAAUGGAUAAGACAUAUUUUAGAAAUGUUUCUAAACCGUAGACGGGAUUUGAUUGACGCUAGAAAUAGGUGAUUUUAUUUUGAAGUUACCGAAAAAAAUACAGAUUAAAUUUUAAUGUGAAAAGGACUAAGGUGGAGAAUAUGCUAAAGGAGAAAAUCAAAUGAGUCAAUGAUAUUGAUGUGAUGCAUGUUACAUGUCACGUUAGAAACUUAGUUCGUAAACAUACCAGAGAAAAAUGAAACAUGAAACAAUUUCGAAUAAUCGACAUUGCAAAGUCGAUAAUAGAUGGCGCUCCAAGUUGAUCGCACACUUUUGAAUAUUUGAACAUUCAAAAAAUGGAGAGUAUUCUUUUCCAAACGAUACUUAUCAAAGUAGAAUUUAAUUGAAACGAAAUGCUCAAAUAAAUAUAAAAAUUGACUUAUGAUCUUGAAUGCAAUGUCAUGAAAACUGUCAAUUUCCAGGAUAUCGCACGCAAUAAUGAACUUUUCAGUGUUAGUUCAUGCGAUGACUUUGUAGUUCGCAUUAUCUUAUAAGAAAAAAAAUCAACUCAGGGUAGAAAAAAUUAGCAAAAUUCAUUUGGAAUAACAACAUCAUCUGAAAUGUAUUCUGUAUAUACAUGUACCCGAUUAUUGUUAAUGUGAAUGCCUCAUGAAAAACUGUGUAGAAAAAAA